CGAGCGCGCGACAACUCGCUGCCGUCACUUUUUGGUCAACGCUCGAGUCGAUUCGAUUGUGGUGGCGUAUACCAUCCAAUUCUUACAUCAACCACAAGGACUCGGUCUGAACGAAUGGCGGACGGGAAACCGAAGCGAUCACUGUUCAAACGACCAACGUGGGCCGCGGCUACACAAGCGCCUGCAUCAGCAUCACCAGAUCCGACAGCCAAACCCGAGGCGCCGACUGACAUUUUCAGCCAUUCGCACACAUUCAGCGAGCUCAGCGACAAGGAUGUCUUGAGGCGAAGUCAGACCAACGAAGUGAAGGACGAAGAGUCGCGAGCGGGCAAGCGCCGGUGCAUAAGCGAUGAGGACGGCACUGAGCUUCCUACCAAGCCCAAACCCAAGGAUACAGAAAGAAAGACAUCGAUACAAGCAUCUGCUGGCUCAGAAAGCUUCGCGAUAGCUCCUACACCACAAAAACCACGACCGCGCCAAGAGACAGUCGUAGAGUUGCUGGACGACUCGGAUGACGAUGAGCCCGUCAGCUACACCAAUGCCUCGCACAAUAUCACUCCUCCGAACGCCACGAGUCUUGAACCUACACUUGCCGCAGAAGCCGAUCCAGAUGCUGACCUGGACGCCGUCUACUAUUCCGACCCAGAGAUGCGCGAGUUUGCUCGUCAGGCUCGCGAGAAACGACGACGAGAAGAGCGAGAGCGAACCGAGACUGGCGCUCACGAUCCGACUGUCAAACUCCUCAUCACCUCGUCAUUACCAGGCACCGGACCUCUGAUUGUUUCCCGAAGGCUAUCGCAGAACCUACAAGCUGUGCGGGAAGCCUGGCUUAGCAAGCAAUCUUUAGACCCGUCAAUCGCCAGUCGAAUCUUCUUCACAUUCAAACUACGGAAAGUGUACGAUGUGACUACCGUCCGCAGUCUAGGAAUCAAGGUGGACUCUUACGGUCGUAUUAUGACCGAUGGACCUUUCGCCAACACCGACGAUGAGCAUGCCGAGAAAAUUCACAUCGAGGCCGUGACGGAUGAAGCAUGGCAACAGCUCAAGGACGAGAAAGCCGCGAGGGACGCACCGAAACAGAACAAGUACCUGAGUAAUGCUGCAGCUGCGGACGGCAGAGGCGCUAGUACCGAGGGCACACCUGCGGUUGAGGGAGAAGCUGCUGUCGAAGAACCUCUGAUCAAGGUUACACUAAAGGCAAAGGGUCACUCGGACAUCAAAAUCAAAGUACGACCGAUGAUCAAUGCAGCACGACGGAGUUUCAAGCUCGAUGCUGAGCGGCUUGUUCAUCUCGAGUUCGAUGGCGAAAGACUGGAACCGCCAGAAGGACUGGUCAAGGAUACGGACAUCUCGGACAUGGAUUGCAUCGAUGUUCAUAUCAAG